AAGCUGUGUUUUGAAACGAUAGGAGGUCUUCCAUAUCUGGAGCCACGAGGAAAAAGAAAGCACUCUAAAGACAAGACUGGGAUCCGUGAAGGCCUGGUGUCUUCACUGUCUUAUUGGCAUUUUGUGAAGAUUUGGAGCAGGAGUUCAAGCAAGAACUUGGAAUUCAACAAAGGAGAAUUGAAUACCAGCUCCACUCUGUAUUUAGCUGCCUCCUUCAGGUUUGAAUCUUGUGGGAUGUAUUGCCUCUCAGGAGUCUCACAGGCUGUGGAAAGCUGACUUCCGGAGUUUGGAACUUAGACAAAUGCAACGGGAUGCCAGGGACGUGUCUCCGCUGAGAAGUUUUGAGAGUGAAAUAUUCACAGCCAUUAAGAGACCUCCAAUUUAAUUUCUCAUCAUGCUUAUUCUGUAGUUCACAUUAAGUCCAGAGUACUGAAGGAACUGACAAGUGGACUUGUAGACAUCAGAUAGCUGGUCAUGGUGUUGGCCAUGGCAUCUCAGGAUGUUCAGAACUUCUUCCAGCCUCUCUCUUCCUGGAUAUCUCGGGUUUAUGAAGCUCUCCAGCAAGCAGGAGAUACACUAUCUGCUUCGCUGGUUAAUUUGAGCAAACGAGACUCUAAAUUGAGUGACAACCUAGACCAGAACUUAGAUGAUAUUCAGAUUCAGGAAACCUACUUUGAAGAUGAAGAACAAGGCAAUGAUUGGAGUCAAGAAGACGCAAAUUCUUUGUUUCUUGAAGUGGAUCAUUUCUCCUGUUGUAAUAGUGAUUUGCAGGACUCUCCCCAAGGUUCAAGCCCCAGACUUAGCCAACAUGCAAAUGGAAAGGACUCAUGUUCCAUAAUGUCCCAGUGGCCCAAUCAGACCCUUGAUGACCAAAAGCAACCACAUGUGCUUUCUUCUAUUGCUGAGGAAGAACAUCACCUUGAAAAGCAAAGGAAUGGCCUUCAACAUGGCUUUGACAGCCAGCUCUCUGAUAUUUUAGAAAAUGUUAAUGGAGAAAAGCAAGUUGACAGCUUUGGAGAUGAUGGAGAGCCGUGCACAUCUUCUGACAGUGACGAGGAGGUGAUCAAACAAUUUGAGAUUUCCGUGUCCCGGUCCCAGAGUUUCCGUUCAGGAGCAUCUGAGAAAGGAAAGCAGACAAGAUUUGAGCAGAAACCCAAAUUCAGCUGCUUGCUUUCUAUCCACGAAGAGGACGGCACAGAAGUGUCUGCUUGUGGAGAUUUGGAUGGAACCAGCCAACUGAAUUAUUCUGAGGAUCUGUCUCAUGGUGAAGAUGACCCCACUGCUGUCCACUCACAGUCAUUCCUGGGUGAGGUGGGGGAUACCAGGCACCAUGGUGCAUCUCCCCAAGAGACCAAUGAGGUUCACAGCCUCCAGCGCCGGUCCACAGAGGGCAGCUUGGAGAUAGAGACAGCGUUCAAUAACCGGGGAUUUGAAGAUUCCUAUGCCACCGACAGCUCUUCCAUGUGGAGUCCAGAGGAACAGGAUGGGACCAAUUUUCAGGCACCAUCUGGGGUCCCAGAGCCCAUCUCAAAAUGUGGUGACCUAGAUGUCAUCUUUGAAUAUAGAGCUGCCAGCCAGAAGCUCACAGUGACCGUUGUGAGAGCACAGGACCUCCCGGAUAAGGACCGAAGUGGUGUCAACUCCUGGCAAGUUCACGUAGUGCUGCUGCCCAGUAAGAAACAGAGGGGCAGGACAAGCAUACAGCGAGGCCCCAACCCUGUCUUCAAGGAGAAGGUCACCUUCACCAGGCUGGAGUCCAGAGAUGUGCCUACCUGUGCUGUCCGCUUCCGCCUGUACGCUGCCCGCAAGAUGACCCGUGAGAGGAUGAUGGGAGAGAAGCUGUUCUAUCUCAGCCACCUGCACCCAGAAGGGGAAAUGAAAAUGACUCUGGUUCUGGAGCCAAGAAGUAAUAUCAGUAGUGGAGAGUCUCUGCUCAGCCCAUCUGCAGUUUCUCAAAGUGAUAGUGCUUCAUCCACGCAGUCGCUGUCUCAUGGAGGGGCGCCAGAGCUGCUGGUGGGGCUGUCCUAUAAUGCCACAACGGGCCGAUUAUCUGUGGAAAUGAUCAAAGGCAGCCAUUUCCGAAACCUCGCUGUUAACAGAGCACCAGAUACAUAUGGAAAGCUCUUUCUCCUCAAUUCUGUGGGUCAAGAGAUGUCCCGCUGCAAGACCUCCAUUCGACGUGGUCAGCCCAGUCCUGUCUAUAAGGAGACCUUUGUUUUCCAGGUGGCCCUCUUUCAGCUCUCUGAUGUCACGUUGAUGAUUUCCAUUUAUAACAGGCGUACUAUGAAGCGUAAAGAGAUGAUCGGUUGGAUUGCUCUGGGCCAAAACAGUAGUGGAGAGGAGGAACAAGACCAUUGGGAGGAAAUGAAGGAGACCAAAGGUCAGCAGGUCUGUAGAUGGCACACCUUGCUCGAAUCCUAGGUUUGCCAAUAGGCAUUUGUGUGCUACAUCCGCCCUGCUGACCCGUGUUUUGACUAUUGAUACCAACUCAGCGCAUGCUGGCAGGCUUUUUAGAGACAGGUUUUCAAAUAGAGAUUGGAUUCUACUAACCUUUAGGACAUUCUGGGAGUGGGGGGAUCUUUGGGUUUGAUUUGGAUAUAAGUAUUAUAAUUUUUUAAAAUUCUACAAAAACAGUCAACUGUAUGGAAAAUGUUAACUUAGUUGUGAGCAGUGAUGAGGAGUUAGUUUGUGUUAAUAGGUUACUGAGUUUUGGUUCAGGCUGUGGAAUGAAGCUUCUCCUGCCGUCUCUGUUUGCUUGAAGAGUAACCUGCGAUUGCUAGGGAGCUGUUAAAUGUUACUAUUUGCAAGCACGUAUGUGUAUGAAUCAGAAUUUUCUUAAUACACUGCAAAACCCCCAAAACACAGAAAUGAAUCAGACACCGAGGCUCGUAGAAGAAUGUAACUGCCAUCCAUAAUCCACUAUUUCACAUUUUUCCCUUAGUGAAAAAAAAAACCACCACCCUAAUUUAUUUACCUAACAAAUAAGUGUUAUAAACUUGCACUUAUAGAACAAAUCUGUAUUAAUUAAAUACCUCUUUUUAUCUCACAUAUAUAAUGUAGUUUCAUAUGAGAUUUGGUUAGAUGAAUCAUUUUGAAUCUAAAAAAGUUCAAAAACGACUGUUGAAAGACAACUUUCCUCCUUUUGAGUAUGUAAGAUUUCAAAUUUGCAACUUGCAAGAUUUUUAUGCUGUUUUUCUCACCUAAUAAAUUCCUACAGAAUGAGAAGAAAACCAAAAAACCUAUUUAAUUCAUGAACUUACUGAUUUUUCUGAAUCUAGAGUUCUCCUUGUAGAUUAUAGUUUUUCUAUAUUCAGUAAUAUAUACUCAUACAUGUAUUUGAAUGUAUGCUUGCAUGUAAACCAUACUGUUUUUAUGCAAUAUUUUCCAUCAUUAGCAUAGCAAAUUGUACACAAUGGGUCUUUAAUAAAUGUUGAUUUGACUUAGAAA